GGUGAGAACAGUACUCCCCAGUGAGUAGAGGUGAAAUCAGUUUUGGUGCAUGUUCAGGCCUAGGGUUGCUCAGGACCUUCAGGGCUGUUGCUUAGUGACGGACCCGAUGCAUUUCGGGAAACCAAGAUGGCGACGCCUAUGCACAGACUGAUCGCUCGUAGACAAGCAGAAGCUAAUAAACAGCACGUUCGAUGUCAGAAAUGUUUAGAAUAUGGCCAUUGGACCUAUGAGUGCACUGGAAAACGGAAGUAUCUGCACAGACCCUCAAGAACAGUGCAAUUAAAGAAGACUUUGAAAGAAAAACAAAAUAAACUCGCCUUGCCACCAAGUGGACAAGGAAUUACAGAAAACAAGAUGAAGAAGAAAAGGCCUCAGAGUGUUAGUAGCAGCAGCAGCAGUACUUCAUCCACUGAUUCAUCUUCAGAUAGUGAAACAUCAUCCAAUUCCUCCACAUCAGAGAGCAGCAGCAGUGACGAUGAAAGUUCCUCAACUGACAGCUCCUCAUCAUCCUCAACAUCAUCAUCCAGUGAAUCAUCUUCCUCUGAUUCAGAUUCUGACUCUAGUUCCAGUAGUAGUAUUAGCAGCUCUGAGGAAGAGCCACCAAAAAAGAGGCGGAAAUCGUGACAUUGUGACUUUGAUUUGUGACAAUUUCAAAUCAAUGAUUUCUUUCAUUCAAAACUCUAGAUGUAUUCAUUUUAAGGCACUUAAACCAAGAAACUAAUUUCUCAUAUUUGGAAUUCACAUAGACAAACUAUUGAUCAGAUGUGCAGUACGUGGCCGACGUUUGUCUGCAUAUUUGAUCUGUGGUCCUUUUCCUUUAAAAGUGUAUAUAUUUUUCUCUACAGUGCACAUGGUGUUUCUGUUAUCUGAACUCUAGUAAUUUAGGGGGAGAACAUUCAGACACCAAAGUAGUCAGCUAUCAAAACUGUAAGAAAUAAAUCUCUGGACUGCAGAAUCACCUUUACAGCACAGGCAGUAGGCCAAGUGGCCUCAUUUAUUGGUCGAUCCUUUGAAAAAGUUAUUCACUUGGUUCUUUAAUCUGUGCUGUUUCUAUUUGUUUUCUUUUUGGAUGUUUAUCUGUUUCUCUUUAAAUGUAGUUAUGGAUUGUCCUUCUAUCAGUGUUUAUUGGUCUAUUUGACAUGUAAGCAAUGUGUAGAUAUUAAAAGAAAAAUUGCCAAAGUUUUCCAAUUGUUCUUUAAGUGGUUAACUUUAAAUUGUUGAUUUGUCGGUCAAUGGAAAUAGAUUUUUCUUAAUUACCUGAUCAAAAUUUUUAAAUGUUGAAAUAUGCCAUUAUAUUUCCUCACGCUUUCCUUGAAUUCUUUUGGACAUAGGGAAUCCUGUUCACAGGAAAAUAAGGCAAUAGUAGUGUUUCACUUUUUUUGCUCUUGUUACGUGUAUUCUCUAUGCUAUACUUGUAUAGUUUCCAAUCUGUCACAAAAUUAUAAUUAAAUGAAUGGAUUCCUGAAAUCUGAAAUAAAACUAAUCAGGGAAAAAUCUCACCAGGAUUGGUAGCUUCUGUGUUGCAAGAAAAAUAAAGGUAAUGUUUCAUGUCUAUGACCUUUCAUCAGAACAAGGAAAAGUUACAAAUGUCAAUAGGUUUUAAGCAAGAGAUGGGUGGGGCAAGGACAAAAGAAAGAUCUGUGAAAGGGUGGAAGACAGGAGAGAGCAAAUGACAAAAGAAGUAAUCCUCCAGAUGCUGAUGGGGCACACUUUUGAUUCUUUUCUUGCCUCAUCGCUAUUCCCUUUGACCCUGGAGAUCUGAUUUUUCUGACAAUCCGUGCUGUCUAUCAUACACCUUCCUUUUGUCAUUGUCCAACUUUCUGUGAUUUUUUUCUUUCUCUCAAAACAGAUGCCAAAUGUCCUUAAUUGUUUUUCCACCAUUUUCUUAUUUAUAAUAGUAUUCUCAUCCACAUGAUUCUUGUUUCCUUUUCUUGUUGUUUUAAACCAUAAAUACAUCAAACAAAAUGGACAAGAGGCUGUUUAAUCACCAUUUUGAACCAGAAUCAGUGCAUUUUUCCCCUUCUUAUUUAGCCAUAAAGAUAACAGGUAUUAGAAAUAUUUUCAAUUAUCCAUAGUGAAUCAAGCACUGUACAGUAAAGAAAAAUUGAAUGUCUACAUUCAGAGAGAAAUAGAACUUCAUUUAUAACUAAACAAGACAGAGGUAUAUUGCAGAGGUAUAUUGAACAUAAUUUUCCAUAAAGUGUCAAUUUUUAAAAAUAAUAGCAUUUUAAAAUUAAAUAAUUCCAAACAUGGCCAUCCUGAAUUUCAAUGCUGUGACUGCGCUCCGUUUAAACAUAAUAAAUUUACCUGCAUUUUUAUGUAUUUCACCUUGAUGUUCAUGAUUCCUUUGUACACUGUUCAAGAACAAUGCCUUGAGUAGUGUGUUGACCAAUGCUGCAGGUAAAACAAACAUCUAGUAUAAUAGUUCAUACAAAGAUGUUAUCAAAAUAUAAUUACAGCCACAAGGUAUGGCUGUAUAUUAUACGUUUGAAUACUGGAACUUAGUGUUUUCAUAAAAGUACUAUUAGUUUUCAUAAUCUGAAGUAUAUAGUUAGCACAGAGGUUUAUUUUAAUUGAACAAGAUCUUUUUUAUCUCUCAACGUUUCUUUUUUGGUAGGUUUCUCCUCCAUGUCCUUAUGCUCUGUCUCAUUUGUAUCCUUUGCAUCUUGAUAUAUUUUUGCCAAGAUAGAAAAUAUUUAUCCUGUCUCAUUUCUGUGCCACAUGAAUCCUUGCAAAAUGUUCUUAGAUUUUACAACAUAGAGUCAUAGUUUAAGUGAUUUUCAACAUGCAUAAAUUUGGGCACUUGUGUGAUGCAUUAUACAUCAAAUUAAGACAAAAGUCUGUUUUCAUUUAUAUUUACAUUGCUUUGUAUAAAGUUGCUUUGUUAUAAUUUGUAAAUCGCAGCUGAAAAUUUACUAUUUAAUCUACCUAACCAGUUUGAUGCAAUGAUCUAUUUCCUAACUCAUUAUUGAAACCUAAAAAUGUUCAAAAGUAUUAAACUUUAACUAAGAUAAUUGCUUCACAAUUUUCCAUAAAUAUGUGCAUAUUUUACAGGACUUAUUUUGAAGCUGCGCAGCUACUAUUCUUUCAAAGUUUUGGAGCAGCCUUGUCUCUGUUUUGCCAUGUAGCUGAUUCUUUUCUGCCAAACUGUGUUGCUGCAUGCUUCGACAAGUAAGGUGUGUUUUUGCAAAAUUCAUUUUCUUUAUUCUGUGCAGUUUAGGCGUGAGAAUGUGUCACCAGCAGCUGAAUUAUGAAGAGGCAUGAAAUGUCUUGUCAUUGGUGUGAUUUGAAUCAUUACCUUCUUAAGACCUGAAUACUGAAAACUUCUGUAUAUAAUUGUUAUAUGAAAAUAUUGUACUUUUACAUUUGCUUUUGUGAAUUUAUGCAUUGAGAAUUUUAAAUCUCUUUCUCUAAAAUACUACUUCUUGCAUGUUACAGUACCUUGGCUGCAGCCAUCUUUUGUGAACUUUGACAAAGUUAACACUAUGCCCUGUUGAUCCUGAACAGAGUGUUCAUAGGUUAUAAAAUUGGGUAAAGGGAAACGGUAGGCAACACAAGCCAAAACGAUUCUAUUCUUGAGCAACAUUGUUAUUGGGACCAUUGAGAUGGCCCCACAUCUUGUCUGUGUCAUCCUACUCAACAUACUCAAACAAGCAAUCACAAGAUCUUUUUAAUUUAAACUGCUUCAUUUUACACAGUGUAGUGAAUUUAUUGACUCAUUCAAGCAGUGUAUGAAAGCAAAAGUUUUAAAAUAGUUUAGUUUUUGGUGAUGUGGGCCCUUUUUUAAAAUCAUUGCAUAUCAUGUUUGUAUUAUCUUUAAAUGGAGGGACAGCCUAUAACUUAUUUAAAGCAUUGUGCAGUAAAAUUUCAUCAACAUUGGCUUUUUUUUGUAUGUUACACUGUUUGUCUAAAUCAGAUUUUCAUAUUUAUAUAAAUCUUUUAAAAAGUGUUUCCAGUAUUUUAGUAUGAUGUGGAUUAAACAUUCUAAAACCAAUUGUUACUUCUGUGACUGUAUUAAUUCAAAUUUAUUCCCUUUUCUGCUUUUAAAUAAAAAUAUUACAACUAUGAA